AUGGCCAACCAAUGCCGGCAACAGCAACAGCAGCAAAGGGUCUCAGAAUCCAGCGAACAGCUCAGUUCUAGGGCGAAACUGCGGGGGACGGAGGAAACCAUCUUCGAUCUCGUCUGUGCUGGGACUAACAGAAUGCAGUGGGCGGAGUGGCUGCGAACUCCGCUGGAGCACGCCGCCGGUGCGGGCAACCUCGAUCUCGUGACUAAAAGCUACAGGAAGCUGAGGCGGGCGGGAACAACAACGGCGAUACCCCUCUCCACCUUGCUGCCGCUGGUGGCCUCGGCGAUAUCGUGUCCUUUGCUUCUUCGUGACGGGGCUGAGGUGGAUGUGCUCGACACCAAGGGCCGGACGCCAAUUCACCUCUCGGCGAAGCGUGGAUCUCUGUCUGCCGUUCAAGCUCUGUUGGCGGCUGGGGGAGACUCGAGCUUGCGGUACGGGAAGGGCGAGGCGUUUUCGGCGUUGGGUCUGGCUGCUAGAGGUGGGCAUGUUGAGGUCAUGCAAGCGUUGAUUCGGCACGGAGUGGACGUCGACGCCCCUGACUCGAACGGCCUCACGGCCUUGCACUCAGCUGCGACGGGGGAUGCGGUGGGUGCGAUCGAAACCCUCAUGGAGGCUGGGGCGAAUAUCGACGCCCAGGGUGGCGAGGAUGGCGCACGGUACACGCCUCUGCACAUGGCGAGCGAGAAGGGUUUGUCCGAAGCCGCUCUAUCGCUGGUCAAGCACCGAGCAGACGUGCACAGGUCGGGGAAGAUGUCCAGGCGGGAGCGGAAGUGCUGUAACGCUCUCAGCCUAGCAGCCGGCCGCGGCCACAUCGCGGUCGUGAAAUCGCUUCUAGCUGCCGGCGUGAAUGUCAACCUUCGCCCAGCAUACUCAGGCGAGUUGGCGUUGGACGCGGCUUUUCAGGGAGGGCACGCCGACAUUGUGACGACCUUGAUCCAGCACGGAGCGUUUGUCGACGCCACAGACUCACGUGGGUGUACAGCCCUGUUCAAGGUCAGCCUGGACACUAACGCAGCUUUGAUCGAUAAGCUUGUGGCAGCCGGGGCUGCUAUGAACGGGAUAGUGAACGCUACAGGUAGAACACCCCUCCAUCACGCGUGUAUGGAUGAUUGCCCUGAAGCAAUUGUUUCGAUGCUACGCCAUGAUUGCCCUGAAGCAAUUGUUUCGAUGCUACGCCACGGGGCUCGUGUGGACGCGAAGGACGAUGAUGCGCUCACCGCCAAAGGUCGCACGCCGCUCGGCUUGACCGCCGAGUUCGGCUGUGAAGAUGCUACGGUAGUCUUGUUGGACGCUGGGGCAGACGUCAAAGCUCCCGCUAACUCCGCCGAUGGAUCGGCUGCUCCAUCCUUGGCCACCUUGAACGACUUCAACGCCGACGGCAUCAUGAAUGUCUUGAUUCAGCACGGAGUCGACGUAAACGGAAAAAACAAUGAGGAGUUUUCAGCUCUGCACCGUGCCGCUUAUCACGACGACAUUGACUGCAUCGAUGUUCUCAUCUCGGCCGGGGCUAUCAUCGAGGCGACGGAUAAUCACAAGAGUAUGCCUCUCGCCGUCGCGUUUCGGGAGGCCGUUGAUCGUGGGAAGGGGGAUAACAGUGGUGCUGGGGAGUUCGCGGCCAUGAUCGCCUUGUUAAAACACGGUGCCUACCCCAACAUCGGGAAUAAAGGAAAAGGCUAUUCGAAUUAUUUGCUCUACUACCUCGAACGUUGCGAAUGCCCAAUUUUUGUGCUCCGGGAGCUCCUUGCUGUCGGUCCGAACCUUGACGUCCGUGCCGACGACGGAUACACUCCACUAACGGUCUCCCAAGAUCACCCCGAGUUGUUCACCGAACUACUGCUGCACGGGGCGGACACGAAUGUGCAAACCAAGCGUGGUGCAACCGCGUUACACAAGGCCGCGGAAAACAACAACGGUGUAUGCAUCGAGGCCCUUACCAGUGCCGGGACCUCAACAAGUAUCAAGGACAACGACGGCCGCACCCCUUUUCAACUCGCCACUAUUUGCCAUAGUCGGAGCGUCAUGCGGAUGUUGCUAAGGAGCGCUCACGACCGCUGUGAUUCCCGUGAUUCCGCGAUGGCCACGACAAUCGACUUGCUGCUACGAUGGGGUGCUGAUGAGAAUGCGGUCGACUCACUCGGCAACACCCCCUUAACCGUUUGGAGAGAGAAUGAGUCCACGUACACGCUUUCGUGGGCGAACAAGCAAUCUGUGAAGAAGAUAUUCAAACGGGCACCGAGAGACAAAAGGUGGCGUCAACGCGGCUGGCUAGUUCUGUGUCGUGCCUUCCCAAACAGCGUGCGGCUGAAAGCGGACAGCGAUGGAACUUGUCCCGCGGCUGGCCGUAGCGUUCGAGCACGGAGCGUUCGUGCUGGGUCGUGGUCUGGCAGCAGCAGCGUCCCUCCUUUUGGAGAAGCCAGGGGAGGCCCGGUAGGCCCUCUGCCGCGCGAGAAGCAUGGUGUUAUUGCUGGUGGCUUGAGUGCGCUGGUGGCGAAGGUGGUGGGCUUGCACGAGGAUGGCGUGUUCAGGACCAUCAUGGAGUUCGUGUAG